AUGGAUAGGGAGGGUGGCGACAUCGCCAUGCCAGACGUGAUCGUGCCUCCGCCACCGCCGACUAAGGAAGCGCGAGACAAGCAGCCGGCUCAUCCGCCGGUGCCACCAGCAGGAAGCGAGAUGGUGACGGGCCCAACUCCUGAGGUCCGCACCCCGUCGCGCCGCCGGAUGGCCAAGGCGGCCUCGGCGCCAUGCCCGCUGGAGGCCGCAGCCGCGAGCUCUUCGAUCUCAGACGCCGAGGCGACUAGCGCUGCGCCCGCCAACUGGAUGCGGGGAGGCGGGACGGGCCCUUUGAACCAGGCGAUUCUGGACGUCCAAGGCAAACUCCGGGCCGAAGCUGACGCCCUGAAGCGGUGCAACCAAGCGUUCCUGGAGUCGCAAGCCGCCGUCCGGGAUUAUCACAACCUCCGCGCGGUCAUCUUCAAUGCUAAUGUCCGAGAUCUGGACAAACGGACCGCCGACCUGUCGGAGAGCCGGAAGGCCAACACCGCCCUGCAGCAGCAGCUGGGCGAAGCCAACACCGCGCUGCGUAACAAGGAGGCGGACUGCAACAAGCUAAUCGAUGAGCGUGACCAGCUGGUCACGCAACUGGCGGAGCAGGCGGAGCUUCUCGAGAAGGCCCAGAAGGAGGCAGAGGACAAGGAGACUAGCCUCCUUGCUGAGUUUGAGACCGAACGCUCCGCCUGGUCCGACAAGGAGGCAAUGCUGACUGCCAGCUUUGGCGAUGUUGAAGACAUGGUUGAUGGUGAGCUUCCUUCUUUACUCUUUCUUCAGGCCGCCAGCUUCUGA